GUUGGGAAUGCCACUUCGACUGUCUGCAUGUCUGAACGUAAUUCAGCGAUCCGUUGGAUAUACAGUGCAGAAACUUAGACAUUCUUCGCACAUGGUGCAUAUCUUCAGUUAGACACUAUUUGUACAUAGAUUUCUGAUUUCUGUUUGAACAUAAGGUCAGGUUUGGGCAACUGCCUAAAUCUGACAGUCUCAGCGAGAGGGAAUAGUCAGUUGCUGACGUCACCAUGUCAAACGAGGACACAGCAGGCCAGUGGAUUGCUGAGCUGUUCCAGCCAGCGUUCUCCUUUGCGGUAGAUGAUGUUGCUGCACUGCAAGAGGAGGGGCCGAUUAAAAGCAAGAUCAAGCGAGCACCUGCUUUUGACCCUGAGGCCAUUCAAAAAGUGUAUGAGAAAGUCAGAGUAAUGAAUAUUCUGGAUGCAGAAAUGAAACAACAGACGUGGGACAGAGAGAUUGCAGAAUUAACAGCACAGAAAACUGAUUCUCACCCUCAAGAAGGAGUUGACAAGAAAGACAGACGUGAUGACACAAAGGAAAGUGAUGAGGACUCAGGGUCCCAUGUUGACUUGAAAGAAAGCUGUAUUUGGGACACCGAUGAACUUGACGUCCUUAGAAAAGUUUAUAAAUCAGCCAAGGGAAGGAUCAAAGAGUUGGAGGUGGAAGUGCGAGAAACUCAGAGAAGAAAUAAACUUUUAGAGGAUGACAAUAUCAUGUUGAAGAGCGCGCUGGAAGUAACUGAAAGUGGCUUUAAAGAUGCUAAGAAAGCCAAUAAGAGGUUGAAAAUUCAUUGUGAUAACUUAAAGGAACAGCUGGAAUUUGCAUCAGCUAAAGUGGAUGCUGUGACUGAAAUGUGGAAAGAAAUCAGCGAGGAAAAGUCUUCCAUGAUGAAAGAAACUCAAGAUCUGAGGAUCCAAACUGACCGAGAAAGACUGGUCAGAGAGAGGCUGGAAAUAAAGGUCGAAGAAGCGGGAAGGGAGAUAAUUCAGGAGAAGAAACUUGCACAAGAGAAUGCUCGUGUGAAGUAUGAAACAAUGAUUUUCGGUCUCCAAAAACAUGUGAAGUCUUUGUCAGAUGAUCUUACCAAGGAGAGACAAUCUCAUGAUAUUUCCAAGAAAGCGCUUACAAGUUUGAGGCACCAUUUUGCGAGUUUGCCGCUUCACGACAUUAUAGCACCCCAUGUGGUGCAGGAGGAUCAACUAAAGAAUAUCGACUAUCUCAGUUUGUGAGGGGAGGAAGAAAUAGCAUGUACAUAACAUAUCUGUGAUUUGUAUAAAAUUUCUUGAUUGUUUU